UCUGACACACACUCUCACACUCAGCUGCACACAUGCCAGGAUCCUCACACUGUACCUGAGCACUUCACUCCACGCAGCGACCACCCACGCUGGGAUCCAGUGCGCGCGAGAGACGGACAGAGUGGAAGGAACCCACUGCUUUCCACAGCUGCACAGCUUCUUAGAGUCCCUUGAUAAUCUUCCCCCCACCAACACCCCAUCAUCAUCAUCAUCACCACCACCACAGUCUCUUCAAGCCAGUUAGAUCAUGAACCUGCUCUUUUCUGGUUGCUAAGGAGGGGAAAUCGAGCUCCGAGGAGUGGACGAGGCGGUACUUACUAAGAGACCGAAAGAAAGACCAAGAGACCAAGAAUGGCUCAGGCCGCUCAGGACCAAGGUGCAGUGGGCGUGGCUGACCCAGAUGAGGACUCGCCCAACAUGAUUGCAUACAGGAAGAUUGAGGACAUCAUCACACGCCUCCAAGAUGAAACUGAAGGUGUGCCAGUCAGAACGGUGAAGAGCUUCCUGUCCAAGAUUCCCAGCGUUGUUACAGGUUCAGACAUUGUUCAAUGGAUGAUGAAGAACCUCAACAUAGAUGAUCCCGUGGAGGCCAUACACAUCGGCAGCCUGAUCGCUGCCCAAGGCUACAUAUUCCCCAUCUCUGAUCAUGUUCUCACCCUCAAGGACGAUGGGACAUUUUACCGCUUUCAGGCUCCAUACUUUUGGCCCUCUAAUUGCUGGGAACCAGAGAACACAGACUACGCCAUCUAUCUGUGCAAACGGACCAUGCAGAACAAGACCCGGCUGGAGCUGGCGGACUAUGAGGCGGAGAAUCUAGCGAGACUACAGAGGGCUUUUGCCAGAAAGUGGGAGUUCAUCUUCAUGCAGGCUGAGGCACAGGUCAAGAUCGACAGGAAAAAAGACAAAACGGAGAGAAAGAUCCUGGAUAGUCAAGAGAGAGCCUUCUGGGAUGUUCACCGUCCUGUGCCUGGGUGUGUCAACACUACAGAGAUGGACAUCAGGAAGUGUCGCCGCCUGAAGAAUCCUCAAAGGGUGAAAAAGUCGGUGUAUGGGGUAGUGGAUGACACACAGACUCAGAGUCCUGUACACACACCCUGUAUACAGCAGAGCAGCAAGGACACCAGAGAGGACGUAGAGAAAGAGAUUCUUUUCUUAAACACUCAGUUGGAUCGACACUGUAUGAAAAUGUCCAAAGUCGCUGAGACAUUGAUGAGCUACACAGAGCAGUAUCUCGACUAUGACCCAUUUGUGGCAGUACCAGAGCCAUCUAACCCCUGGAUCGGUGAUGAUGUCACUUUCUGGGAGAUAGAGGCCAGUAAGGAACCGAGUCAACAGCGAGUAAAGAAGUGGGGCUUCUCGUUGGACGAGGCUUUAAAGGACCCAGUGGGCCGUGAGCAGUUCCUUAAAUUCUUGGAGUCCGAAUUCAGCUCUGAGAACCUCCUGUUCUGGUUGGCUGUGCAAGAUCUGAAGUGCCGCCCCCUGCAGGAAGUACCGGCUCGUGCUCACGAGAUCUGGCAAGAGUUUCUUGCUGAAGGAGCUCCCAGUGCCAUCAAUCUGGACUCGCACAGCUACGAGCGUACCAGUCAGAAUCUAAAAGACCCGGGCCGCUACAGCUUUGAAGAUGCCCAGGACCACAUCUACAAGCUGAUGAAGAGUGACAGCUACCCUCGUUUCCUGCGCUCCAAUGCUUACCAGGACCUCCUGCUGGCCAAAAAGAAGCCUGAAACUGAGCAAGGCCGCCGCACAUCCCUGGAGAAAUUCACUCGCAGUGUGGGCAAGUCUCUGACAAGUAAACGGCUGACAGGCCUCAUGCAGUCCUCCUGACGAGUCCUGGCUUUUCAGAAGUCCAGACCCCUCUUGAGAAAUUGCAGUUCGUUGGGGUGGAAGCGUUGUGGCCGAGGCGGGCCAUGUGUACGGACCACCCUCUCUCCAAAACCCACCCGAACACCGCACAGCUACCAACUCUAGAUGGCAGCAUGCAAUAAGUCCAAAAAAAAAAAAAAAAAAAUCUCCAAACGGCGACAUUGUUGUCUGUGUCUAUUAAAUCACUGACUACAAAGACCGCAUACAUGAAUGUCACAUCUCCCAGUACCAUCUAGAGAACCAUUAUACGUUUAUAUGAUACCUAUAACCAAACUGCAGCAAAAACUGGACUGUCUCACUGGAUUUCCAUUUAAAAACAUUCAUUAUCAGAUUUGAAAACAAGGUGUGCAGUAAUCAGUCCAGUACGUCAACGAUUGAAUCGGAUGAAGCGAGGAUGUGUCUCAAAUCUUCAGAGCAUUCCAAAGGAGUGAAGAACAUGACAAGGGCUUUCAGUGACUGUGUUCCCUCGGUCAAGGUUUGCACAGAACUUUUCUUUUUGUUGAACAGUCACUGAAUAUGAAGAAUGAAUGUGGAAGUGAAGGGGUUCAGAAAAGCACAUUCUUAUUACUCCUGCCAAUUUGAAGAAAGAAUUAUUUAUUCUGUGUCUACUGGAUGUGUUAUACUCACCUAUUAGCACAUGAUACUUCAAACUGAGAUGAGAAUGAUGUAGAGUGAUACCUUUUAGACUCAGUUUUAUUGAGGAAUAAAGAAAUAAUGAGCUGGACAAUAAAAGUGUUAGUAUUGUAGGAUGAGUCAGAGCACAGAAUAUUGCUUUUGCACAAAGACUGCGCCAGUGAGGGUCCCAGAGAUGCUUGGUCUUGCUUGGUCAGUAUGGUUCAUGAACAGCUUUACAAAAUGUCCAAAAAAUAACAUUAAAUGAUUUUGGAGCAUCAAUGGAGGCUCAUUUCGCCACAUAAAAAAGUUGAAAUUAUGGCAUACUAAGUCAAUUAAUAGAUAAAAGGUUUAAAUGUAUGAGAUAAAAAGUCAAAAUUGAGAUUAAAAGACAUUGUCAUAAAAACAGAAAUGACAAAAAGUCGAAAUUAUGACAAAAACUUUUUUUUUUUUGUCAUAAAUUAUGACUUCGUAUCUCAUAGUUUUGACUUUUUAUCCUAAUAUUAUGAUUUUGGGCUUCCAUAAGCAUCUGAUAUUACUGUAUGUUUGAAACCAACACAUUGGUUCUUGUCAGCUGUGUUUGUCUUUGCUUUAAUGUAAGGUAUUGUAAAUUCAAAGUAGAAUGUAAGAGUUUCAUGAUGCUUGUUGUCGGUGUAGUGAUUAGUCUGAUGAUGAUGAUGAUUUGCUCUGAGCACAAACAUCUGGGGAUCGCAGCCCUUCAUUCUCAACAUAUCAACAGUAGACAAUUACCAUCCAUUAGAAAGGUAUUUUUGCAGGACAUCGAGCAGCCGACCAAUCUGCAUCUCUGUUUUUUUGCUUACAUCGUUCCCUGAAGCAGCAUCACUGCCAGAGACACUUGCCUACAAGUUUAAAACCGGUCAAAUGGCAGAACAGAAAUGUGUUCGGUUGACAUUUCCUCUACACAUUUUCAGGUAGUUGAUUUGACUCAUAACUGUACAUUAGGUUUAAAUGGAAUGUAUAGACUUUGCAGCAAUGCUGGAUAUGGAAGAUUAUGUGUAGAAUACUGAACGUGGAAUAUAACUUAGAGGCACAAGUGCCAUAUUCAGCACAAAACUAUGCAUGUAAUAUUUCUAAAGACUUUUAUUGCUUUUAGUUUUUUUUUUUUUUUUUCAUUAAAAAAAAGAUGAGGACCCAGUAGGUCAAGAUAAUGGAAAGGAGGAACUGAAGUCCUGAGACAUUCAAUAAACAUUCAGUUUGAGAGCUCAAGAAUGCUUUUUCAUUUUUCUCUGCUUGGACAUCAUUUUAUGUCAUGUAUUUUUAGUUCAAACUGUGCGUGAUGGUCCAUUAAGCAUUUAUUAAAUGUUUGUUGUAGCAUAUGGCAACAUCAGAGAAUUGAAAUUCCAUGAGCUACAUUUUACUUCAAUAAUGUCAGUAAAGCUGUUGGGGUAGGAUUUUUUUAAAAACCGAACCGAGAUCAGCACUAAAUGGAUCGAGGAAGGUGGUGUCCCAGCUCGUCUGUUAAUGUGUAUGUGCUGCUCUCUAGUGGUAAUCAUGAGCGGUACAAGUACAACCAAUUUCGUUUAUUCUCCCCCUUUUUUAAACCGUGAAAUCAGCAGAGCCUUGGUUUUACUUUUUACAUUUUUAUUACAUUUUACAUUACAAGGAUAAGAAGAAGAAAAGGGCAUAAGAAAUAAUAUAAAAAAAACUAAGUACAAAAUGAUUCUCAUGACUGCAAAGGAUUAAAAAGUAUUCAACAUUUGUGUUUGUAUUAUAUGUUAUACACAAGAUGUAUCAUUGUAACAGGUCAUGACAAAUCAAUUGGGAUGAUUAUCGUCCGUAUGGUUAACUCAAAACUGCGUUUUUCUAGGCUACUUUUGGACCAGAGAAAAUCAGUUCGUGUUGUAGGCCUACGACUUUCGACGCUUCAGUUAAGCUGCUUCGAGAGAUAGGCUUCUAGCUUAUCGUCUUUUUUCGAAGGGAUAGUUCACACGAAAAUGAAAAUCCUGUCAUCAUUUGUUACUCACUCUAAAGUUGUUCCAAACCUGUAAGAAUUUCUUUCUUCUGCUGAUCACAAAAGAAGAUAUUUUGAAGAAUAUGGUAACCACAGCGCAUGCUGUAUUCGUUCAUUCAUCUAUGCAAAUAUAAAAAAAAAAAAAAAAAAAAAAAAAAAAAAAACAGUCCGAAAUCUCUAAACCUGAAUACAGUGCGAAACACGGAAAAAAGAUACCUUUUUUUCUUUUCUUUUUAUUCUAAACAAAAAUUAUAUUCCAAAGGCUUACCUAUGGUUAUAGAUGAACGGACUCUAAACAUCAUCAAAACUACUUUGAUUCUGGAACCUUUAAGAAAUGUCUUAAUGCACUAACACUAUUUUAGUAGACCAUUGGCAAAGAAUCAUCUGCCAAAAAAACAAAUGUAAAUGACCUUUGAAAAAAUGCAUAGCUAAAAUAUUCAACAGAUCUCUGGAUCUGGAGAGUGUUGAUGAAUUGGCUCUGAAAAUAGAGCCUCUAAUGUAUUAUACAGGUGAAGGAGGUGGGAAUGACAUGAGAGAAUGUCCAGAUGGAAAUAGAAAUGCUAAUAUAUCAUGAGCAAAGAAAUACAAAAUGGAGCGAACAGAUGUUUCACUCAGAGAGGUAUGAAGGGCUCCAAACAGGCGGAUGGAACAAUAGAAGGUUCAAUGACACACAAAACUAAAAUAUUCCUGGAGCAUAACCAGAUAUGUCCGACACAAAAUAACAAAGAUUUGAAGAGUCUAUGUGUUCACAUUUAAUAAUUAGAAAAUGGAACCUAAAGGAAAAAAGCAGGCUUGAAAAGGCAACACAAAGCAUGCCAGUAUUGUCGUUGCACAAGGAAAAGCAUUAGGUGUAUUUAAAUAUGAUGGCUAUCAUGCAAUUUACCAACCACACGAUUGUCUGCUAAAUUAUAUAUAAAA